CGCAGUCAGUUAGAAUUCUGCGAGCCGUCCAGACGGUGUUCUGACAUUUUUGAGUGAUAUAAGCAGCGCCCCCGUGUUGAGCUGCAGACAUGGGACGUCCCGGACUGGUUUUUCUUCUGGCCCUCAUCUCCAUCUCGCUGCAGCAGGGGAACAGCCUGCCCUCCCGCACCAGGAAAGCAGUGUCUACCAGGCAGACAGAUGAGGAUGACCUGAAGUCCCAGAUCAAUAAGCUGUGGCUGGAGGUGAACUCACUGAAAGAGAUGCAGGCUCUGCAAACAGUUUGCCUCCGUGGCAUCAAGGCCCACAGGAAGUGCUACUUGGCCAUCGAGGAGCCGAAGCAUUACCACGAGGCCAACGAGGACUGCAUCGCACAGGGCGGCACGCUGGCCAUCCCGCGGGACCUGCUGGAGAACAGCGACCUGAGGGACUACGCCCGGAGGGUCUCCCCGGGCUCCAGAGAGCUCUGGAUCGGGGUGACGGACAUCGUGAAGGAGGGCCAGUACGUGGACGUCAACAGCGUGCCGGUCGGCUUCUUCAACUGGGAUCGCUCCAAGAAGCAGCCCACCGGGGGCAAGAGGGAGAGCUGCGUGGCGCUGUCGCUCCCCGCCCAGGGCAAGUGGCACGACGAGGUCUGCCGCAGCCUCAAAAAGUACAUUUGCGAAUACCUCAUCCCAUAACCGGCGCGUCGGCGUGGUGACGGGUGGGGUCGCUGGUGCCCAGGU